GGCCGCGCCUCAGCCGGGGAAGCGCGCUUUCCCGGCGACCCGCGCGCGCACUUCCGCCUGCAAGAGGUGAGUGUCUCCGACGCCGGCGUGAGCGGCUGGUGGAGGGAUCGGCCGGGACUCGGCGCGUGGCGGUGACGUCAUCGGAAGCCAAGCCUUUAGAGAACUGAGACGCGGCUGGCGUGCGCUGGCCGACUGAAGGCAGGCGGAGCGGAGCGUGUGUCCCUCGCGGGCAGUGCAUUUGCAGACCUCAGUCCCGGCUCUGAGCACCCGAGUUCUGAGUCCCCGUGUGCAGCUGCGGUAUCCCAUCGCGGCGGCGUACCUCGUAUCUGAGCCCCUGUUGUGUGAGAGGCCUAGCUGGUGGUCCUCUUGAGCACCCGGGUCCGGGCAACAGACGAGCCAGGCGAUGAGUGAGCUGGACACGGAAGUAAAGCAAAGGGAGACAUGCUGGAGAUGUGGACGGGGUGGGCGGAGGUUCCGGAGCACAUGGAGGACUGCGGCCAGGAUGCCAGUGCAGUACACAGCUCUGCGGCCCCACUAUGUCAAGAAGAGGAAGAGGGGCCUGGGCCAGCUGCAGGGCCAGGAACUCAGCCUGGGCUCUACAGCUACAUAAGGGACGACUUGUUCACCUCGGAGAUCUUUAAACUAGAGCUCCAAAAUGUACCUCGCCACGCCAGCUUCAGUGACGUCCGGCGGUUUUUAGGCCGUUUUGGCCUACAGUCUCACAAAAUCAAACUCUUUGGACAACCACCAUGUGCCUUUGUAACAUUUCGAAGCGCUGCCGAACGAGACAAGGCCUUGCGAGUACUGCACGGAGCUCUCUGGAAAGGCCGCCCGCUCAGCGUUCGCCUGGCCCGACCCAAGGCUGACCCCAUGGCUAGGAAGAGGCGACAAGAAGGUGACAGUGAGCCACCAGCAACACAAAUUGCCGAUGUGGUGACCCCUCUUUGGACAGUGCCCUACACUGAGCAGCUAGAGCAGAAGCGACUGGAAUGUGAGCGGGUGCUACAGAAACUGGCCAAAGAAAUUGGGAACACUAAUCGUGCCCUGCUACCCUGGCUGCUUUUGCAGAGACAACAGCACAAUAAAGCUUGUUGCCCCCUGGAGGGGGUCAAGCCAUCACCCCAACAGACUGAGUAUCGUAAUAAGUGUGAAUUUCUGGUCGGAAUUGGGGUGGAUGGCAAGGACAACACUGUUGGCUGCCGGCUUGGCAAGUACAAGGGUGGAACAUGUGCUGUGGCAGCUCCCUUUGACACUGUGCACAUUCCAGAGGCCACUAAGCAGGUGGUGAAGGCCUUCCAGGAAUUCAUUCGUUCCACACCAUACUCAGCAUAUGACCCUGAGACAUACACAGGCCACUGGAAGCAACUGACUGUUCGUACCAGCCGCCGAGGCCAGGCCAUGGCCAUUGCCUACUUCCAUCCCCAGAAACUGAGCUCUGAGGAGGUGGCAGGACUAAAGGGCUCCCUGGUGUGCCACUUCAUGGAGGGGCCAGGCAAGGCCAGUGGGGUGACCUCCCUCUACUUUGUGGAGGAGGGACAGAGAAAGACUCCCAGCCAGGAAGGCCUGCCCCUGGAGCAUAUGGCUGGUGACCAGUGCAUCCAGGAAGACCUGCUAGGGCUGACCUUCCGCAUCUCCCCUCAUGCAUUCUUCCAGGUAAACACACCUGCAGCUGAGGUGCUCUACACAGUCAUCCAGGAAUGGGCCCAGCUAGAUGGGGGCAGUACAGUGUUGGACGUGUGCUGUGGCACUGGCACUAUAGGCCUGGCCCUGGCUCCGAAGGUGAAGAGAGUAGUUGGGAUUGAACUGUGCCAGGAGGCUGUGGAGGAUGCUCGUGUGAACGCCCUCACCAAUGAGCUGAGCAAUGUUGAGUUCCACUGCGGCAGGGCUGAGGAUCUGGUGCCAGGUUUGGUGAGCAGACUGUCUUCCCAGCAACUUGUAGCUGUUCUAGACCCACCACGGGCUGGCCUACAUUCUAAGGUGAUUCUGGCCAUCCGGAAAGCUGAGAACAUCAAGCGGCUCCUGUAUGUUUCCUGCAACCCCAGGGCAGCCAUGGGCAACUUUGUGGAUCUCUGCAGGGCCCCAUCUAACCGAGUGAAGGGCAUCCCAUUCCACCCAGUCAAGGCUGUAGCAGUGGACCUGUUCCCACAGACUCCACACUGUGAGAUGCUUAUCCUGUUUGAGAGGAUGCAACAACACCCCAAUGGCAUAGGAGUCCUGGAACAUCAAGACCUUCAAACCCCAAGAAAUCUUUCUGAUAUCACUCCACAGGAAACAGAGACUUCUUAGGGGAAGUAUAGGAGCACAGGAAGGCUGGAGAGCUGGGGUCUGCCAGCUGAACACCUGUGUCCUAAUAAUUGGAUAGCCAGAUUCUAGAAUAAACAAAUGCUGAUUUUACUGACA